CGAUUUCCAUCAAACAUUUUGACUCUCUUUCUUUCUCCAACCCAAACCUCCUUCUUCUUCUUCUUCUUCACACACACACUAUCAAACAUCAUGAAAACAACCUCAGAUGACAAAGUUGUCUCCGUCAUCAUGGUCGGUGGUCCAACCAAAGGUACUCGAUUUCGGCCACUUUCUUUCAAUACUCCAAAACCUCUUUUUCCUUUAGCUGGUCAGCCCAUGGUUCAUCAUCCUAUUUCUGCUUGUAAAUCGAUCCCUAAUUUGGCAAGGAUUUUCUUAAUUGGAUUUCAUGAAGAAAGGGAAUUUGCAUUAUAUGUUUCAUCGAUUUCCAGUGAACUUAAUAUCCCAGUCAGGUAUUUAAAAGAAGACAAACCUCAUGGAUCAGCUGGUGGUCUUUAUUACUUUAGAGAUCUGAUUAUGGAGGACAACCCGUCACAUAUCUUUUUGUUAAACUGUGAUGUGUGUUGCAGCUUUCCGCUACCAGAAAUGCUUGAUGCUCAUAGAAGGUAUGGUGGUAUGGGAACCUUAUUAGUUAUAAAGGUUUCUGCUGAGUCUGCCAGUGAAUUUGGUGAAUUGGUUGCUGAUCCAGAUACCAAGGAGCUUUUGCAUUACACCGAGAAACCUGAAACUUUUGUAAGUGAUCUCAUAAACUGCGGUGUUUACAUUUUCACCCCGGAAAUAUUCAAUGUCAUUCAGGAUAUACGUACAAACCGUGAAGACAGAGCUAACCUGCACAAUUUAUCCAGCUUUGAGGCCCUUCGGUUAACAAAGACACCUGCUAAGGAUUUUGUUCGAUUGGAUCAAGAUAUCUUGUCACCUCUUGCUGGAAAGAAGCAAUUAUACACUUAUGAGACGAUGGAUUUCUGGGAACAGAUUAAAACUCCAGCAAUGUCAUUGAAAUGCUCUGCUCUGUAUCUUGCCCAAUUCCGAUACAAAACUCCUGGUCUCUUGGCUUGUGGCGAUGGAACCAAGAGCCCGACAGUCGUUGGUGAUGUUUAUAUUCAUCCAUCAGCUAAAGUACAUCCAACUGCAAAGAUUGGUCCAAACGUUUCCAUCUCAGCCAAUGUUCGAAUUGCUGCAGGCGUGAGGCUGAUGAGUUGUAUUAUCUUAGAUGAUGCUGAAAUACAGGAAAAUGCAUUUGUGAUGUACGCAAUCAUUGGCUGGAAGUCAUCUUUAGGGAAAUGGUCCCGUGUUCAGGGUGAUGGAGAUUACAAUUCAAAACUAGGAAUAACCAUUCUUGGAGAAGCAGUGACAGUUGAAGAUGAAGUUGUUGUGGUUAACAGCAUUGUUCUUCCAAACAAAAUUCUCAAUAUUAGCGUACAGGAGGAAAUCAUCCUCUAGACAUCUAACUCACAGACCGCCAUUUCAGAUGCUUGCUUAAGAUAUGCUUUCACUUGGGAAGGAUAACAAACCUUGCACUUCCCUCACUUUCUUAUGACACCUGCAUCUCAGUUGUAUAAUCAUGGCCAUAAUGUCUUUAGGUGUCUUAUUAUCGGCUUGAGUAAUUUCGGUAUUGUGUUUCCUCAAAUGAGUUUGUAAGAAAUUCAAGACUUGCAUGAUAACUAGGCUAUACAGUUUUGAAGUUGUUUAGGUCUUAGAUUUAGCUUUUUUCAUUUUAAAUACUUGUUCAGGACUAAAGGUAAAGCAGUGAGAAAACACUGAUUCACAGCUGACGAGUCAACUUUUGUAUUGCAUUACUUGUAACAAUACCAUAUCAACAAUCCUCAGAUUAUACAAAAUCAUGUAAAUACAUAUACAAAUUACUCA